GUAUCAUCUUCACGGCCUUGACUUUUCUCCGUUUAAGAAUAAAUUCAUCGCAAAAUGAAAAAGAAAUCACAAACACGUUUGUGUGUCCGUGUGUUGUUUCUCAGUCACGAGAUUUCAUUUUGCCACAACGACAAGAAGUGCAUCGGUGUGUUUGACAAAAAAAACGCAAUACAAUGAAUAGAACGUUUUUGGCCCUGUUGGCGCUGACCUCGGGGGCGGCGUGCGACGUCGCCCACUUGGUGCACGUCCAGCAAACCGAGCCGUCAACACCGCCGCCGCCCCCAAAGCCGUACGCUUUUGGUUACGCCGCCGGUCGUUUCCCCGGCCACAUCGACCGGACGCAUUCGGAGGUUUCCGACGGUUCGGGGGUGGUCCAAGGCUCGUACUCGUAUGUGGAUCCCCGGUUUAAGAUCCGCACUGUUGAGUACACGGCCGAUAAGAACGGCUUUCACCCGGUUUUGAAUUUCGCGCCAGAGCCGCUCCCAUCCGACACGCCGGUGGUGGCGGCGGCCAAGCACCGCCAUCUCGUGCAGUUCGCAAACAUCGCCAACGCCAGGCAUGCCGCCCCCGGGACGGUCGUGGUGCCAGUCGACUCGGUGGCGGUGAGCCGCGCCAAGGACAAGCAUUUCAAGCUGUUCCAGAAAAUCGCAGAGGAGCAUGCCAGGCUGGCGGCGGCGCAGGAGGCGCAAGGGGGCACCGAAAAGCCCAUUUAUUGAAUUGUUUAAUUGCGAAUAAAGUUUUUUGAGCAAGGUG